CGGCUAUUGAUCUCCAACUGCCCCAAAAACGGGAACAAUCAUCAGUAACAUGAUAAAGGCCAACUGAUGCAUCUUAUUCCUUGCUGCACCGCUAUUUGAUUCGAACAGAGGUCCGAUCAGUUGCUACAGUAUCUAGAUUGUAAUCUGGCAUUUGCACAUUCUGUCAUACGGGACAUCCUGUGAAAAUCCCACAGUCAAUCGACCAGAUACCACGACCUCCUCCAACAGAUCCGCCAGAUACGAAUGCGCAGAUUGUACACAUUGGUGUCGGAUACGGUUGCACCCACGAUCACGCCUGCAUUAGCCAGCCGCCACCAAGUCCCAGCUGUCUCAGCGCCGCACAGUAAUGAUGAAGCCCCAAUUGGAAGAAAUUUCGCUGGUGGUGGGCGCUCUACUACUAGUAGAGACAAUUGGUUGGCCUUUUAGCCCUGGACAUUGCUGGAACAGGGCAAGUGGGGUGAAUCCUGGCAAGUGGUAGCCAAAAAAGGCGAGACUGCAAAAUAAAUAUACACGUGUAAAACAUCAACAGGAGCACUAUUAGCGCAAGACUAAUCUCAGUCUAAUGUGCACAUAGUUACCUUUUUGUGUGUUUAUAAUCUUCUCGGUUUCACUUUUUCUUACCACUGUUUCCCGGAUGCCGCUGCGUAUUCGCACUCUGACAAUCCUAAGCCGAAGCUAAUCAUUUGUGAGACCAGACAGCUGGUGCGUGGCUGAAUUGGAUUCGUCGAUAUAUUCCGAUUAAUCUUCCAGCUGCUCACUA